AUGACUGUAACACUAACCAUGACCCGUAAGGAAGAAAUUCGACACAUGUGUCAAGCCAUGGUAACAAAAAUGAGGACAAUAAUAAGGGAGUUUGCCAAGCUUAUCGGAAUUUCGAAUGAGGCCUAUCGUCAGGCCCAACAGAAUGAUGGGUUGCAUUUCAUAUGCAGACAGUGUGAGGAAAGAAACUGGCCAGAAAUCACCGACACCGAUGCGGAUGAAGAUGAAAGAGCUCUCACCAACACUGACCAACAAUCGAUGGGCAACUCAACAUCUACAGAUGUAUUAUCUGUCGCCGCUGAUCUCGAACCGUUGGACAACUCGACAUCUAUGGAUGUAUCAUCUGUCGCCGCUGAUCUCGAACCGUUGGACAACUCGACAUCUAUAGAUGUAUCAUCUGUCGCCGCUGAUCUCGAACCGUUGGACUACUCGACAUCUAUAGAUGUAUCAUCUGUCGCCGCUGAUCUCGAACCGUUGGAUGGGACAUUCAAUAUCACGCAACGCAACUUCAACGUGACAAUGGAACCGACAGAGACAGCACUAGCAGAGCCUGAAUUACCGGACACAGUGACAGAAGAUGUUCCUAUAACUUUCACCAUGCUAGAGAACGGCAGUAAACGAGGCGGCCGAUUGCUGGUGUUUAGCAACGGAUAUUCAUACGGCGUGAAGAAUGCUAACAAGAGUUCCACACUCUGGCGGUGUAGCGUGCGAAGUAAAAAAAUGCGUUGUCACGCGACAGUCCUACAGAAAGGCAGUGACUUUCGUCAAUGCUCCAAUGCGCACGUGCACCCAGCUGACCCGAAGCUUCCUCUUAAAGCGAAGUCUUCCACCAUUGUAAGUUAUUGUGAGUGA